GCCUGUUCAGCAUCCAGAAAUGUCAGAUCCUCCAGGAAAGAAAAUAUUCUGAAGACAGGUGAAGACAGCAGCUUGAUUCUCACACCCACUUCUCGACAUUCCCUGCGGGGAUAAAUGUGAUUCUCCUCUGCUUGGUGAAUAAUUUACCACAAACACACUGUUAUGGUAAACUUUCAUAAUGGAUGACUUGACACCAGCUGUGAAUUUUCGAAGUGCUAAAGAGACACUAGAUGAUGAUACAAGUAUUCUUUCUAGUGAUGGAAAUACAGAAACACUCAAGAAUCCUCAUGAAAGUCAGGCAUCAUUUCAGAAAAACAAUAUGAUGUUAUCUGAAGAACGAACAAAGGACAAAGCUGCCAGGUCCAUAGGCGGAACCCAUCCAGCUUUUUUUAGGCAUUCUGGAAUUCCAGCUGUUUGUAAUUCAGACCAUAUCUUACCCAAAGGUGGUGUCGUUAAUGGACCAGUUUCACACACACCCUUAACAAAGAUGUCUGUUAUGAAUAAAGGUGGUGUUGCUUUAAGUGUUGCACAAACUUUGGGUCACAGAACUGCAGAUUCUAAGAUUCCUAAUUCAAAAUUAGGUUGUGAUCUUCAGAUACUAACAAAAGGUAUAGAUAAGUCAGCACAGCAAGUCUUGUAUCUGCUACCUAACAUACCUACUCAGAAUUCAGUUAACUGUGCAAAAAAAAUAACUACCUCUGUCCCAGUCACUGGCUGUGAGGCAAGUACAUUUAAGAUAACUAGUAUAAAAACAGAGGACUGUGAAGAAAGCAUAAGUCAGAUGCAGGAAAAUCAUGGCAGGUCUUCAGUUACAGAUAAUUAUAGAACAGAAACAGUUAAUGAUUUAAACUGGGAUCCAGAAAAGGAAUUCAUGCAGUUUCUUAUGACAGAUGAAGAUGAAGUUAAUGAAUCUCGGUUGCAUUCUAAUGUGAGUUUUGAAAGACAGAAACGAAUUUUAGAUGAUGGCAGUGUAGAGGACUACACUGAUGAUUUUUAUUUUGAUGACUCCGUUAGUCCUAGGAAUUCAAGUAUAUAUAAUGCUAAUGUGUCAGAAAAUAUUGAAGAAAAACCUUUCAUGUUCUACCAGAAGUAUUCUUUGAAAAAACACGGCAGUGAUUGUGAAGUGCUUGAUUCAACUGAUAGUCUUUCGAAGGAAAGUUUUGAUGCAGUUAAUUUUAGUUUCCCAAAUGGUAGAGGAGAUAAAGGAAUGUCACCUGCUCGGUCUUCUAGUACUUUGUCAUCUUCCACUUUCAGAACAAACCACCCCAUGCCUAAAAAGUCUUCUGAUUUAGAGCCCUCAUUUUUUCCAUGCACUAAAUGCAACGUGAAUUUUAAGGAGAAAAAACAUCUGCAUAGGCAUAUGAUGAAUCAUUUAGAUGGGAACAGUAAUUUUCGCCAUAUGAAUGUGCCAAGACCAUAUGCAUGCAAAGAAUGUGGGCGUACCUUUAGAGAUCGCAACUCCCUACUGAAACAUAUGAUUAUUCAUCAGGAAAGAAGGCAGAGGUUAAUGGAAGAGAUCAGAGAAUUAAAAGAACUGCAGGAUGAAGGCAGAAGUGCAAGACUGCAGUGCCCACAGUGUAUAUUUGGCACCAAUUGUCCCAAAACAUUUGUUCAGCAUGCUAAAACACAUGAAAAGGAUAAAAAGUACUAUUGUUGUGAGGAGUGUAAUUUCAUGGCAGUGUCAGAAAAUGAAUUGGAGUGCCAUCGUAACAUUGCUCACGGAGCAGUAGUUAAAAAGUCUUCCGAGGCACUUACAAUCAAAACUGAAAAAAACUCUUAUAUAAGUGAUUCUUUAAUAGAACCUUCAAAAAAUCCAUCCACUUACAUGUGCAGGUUAUGCCCUUUUACUACAUAUGCUAGAAGUAUUUUAAAAAAACACAUGGUUUAUUUACAUCAGAUUGCUUGUCGUGAUCAAUUUACAACCCAUCCAGUGCCAGAACACAAAAGUGAAAUUUCAGAUCAUCCAAAUUUAGACAGACCUAAGCAAUUGUUUAACAUGCAACAGUUCCAUACAUUUCCAAAACACUCCAUAUUAAAGAAAGAUAUAAAACGACCAUUUGGGCCAACUGGCCUGUCAUAUAAUUUUAAAGAGUUGUAUAAGAAAAAUCCAAAGAUUCAGAAAGCUAGAAAAUCUAUGCCUCAGGCACCAGCUACUGCUGUUGGCAGUCAAAACAGCCCUUCAUUUAAGAAUGCUGUGCUAAAACGUGGUGUUGACCCAAGGCACGUUCUUUAUCAGCAUGCUCAAAGAGAAAGAAGUGACAUUAGAACUAAUAGGACUCCUUUUUAUAGGACUAAAUAUGAAAAUUUUAACAAAAUAAGAUAUUUUCCAAACAAAAUUUUUCCACUGAAUAUUAAAAAAGAAGAUGUAAGCUAUACUGGCCCCGUAUCUACUACAAAACCAGGAGGUGCCUAUAGUAAUUUUCGUCCUGCUGCUGCAUUUAGUGUCCGUGAGAAGCUACUGAAACAAAAAAGAGAUGGCAUCAGUAAAACUGCAAAAGAUUUUAUGCGUAAAUUAAACUGUGAUCGCCAGAAUUCCACUGAAAAGUUUGAUCAGUUCUCUGAUGAUAUUCACAGUGUGAAACGUAUAGUCUUGCCUAAAAGUGAAAGCUUUUUAAAGAGUAAAAGCUUUGAUUCACGAGCAGUUGAUAAAUUUAAUGAACAUUCUUUACAGUAUUCUUUGUCAGCUGUACAAGAUGGUGUAGAAUAUGAGGAUGAUCAGAACACUGUGAAUGCACACCAGCGAGGCCGUAAUGCACACAGUGACCAUGUAGAUAGCAAGAAAGAGCGAGAGAGUCAUAACAGUAGGUUAUACUUUGACUACUAUGAUGAUGCUGAGAAGAAUGACAAGCAUUCUCAAGAUGAACAAAAUGCUGAGUAUUUAGAACAUUUUGGACUGAAAUUGCCAUAUAGUUCGGAUUUCAACUGGGAUGAGUUACCUUUGGAAAAAAAGACAUGUCCAUAUUGUCCAGCCAUGUUUGAAACUGGUGUAGGAUUAUCAAACCAUGUUCGUGGGCAUCUUCAUAGAGCAGGGUUUACCUAUGAAGCCCGCCAUGUGGUUUCACCAGAGCAGAUAGCAUCUACUGAUAAGGUACAACAUAUCAAAAAGACUGGAACUCCAGUAAAGCGUGCCAGAAAAGCACUAGUGAAAUCUGAAAAUCCAUUUGAACAUUCUUGCAUAUUGUGUGGUGGGUGGUUUGACACCAAGAUUGGAUUGUCUAAUCAUGUUCGAGGACACUUAAAAAGACUUGGAAAAACAAAAUGGGAUUCAAAUAAGUCACCAAUCUGUGUUCUAGAAGAAAUGUUGCAAAAUGAAGAAAAGUUUGCAAAAAUUGCAAAAGUAUUAAACAACAGGCGCAUUUUUCCAAAACCAAAGUUUGCAAAAAGUGACCGGUUAAGCUUUUCAUCAAAUGGCAUUCCCCGCGAAGUACAGAACCGUGAUGCUGAAACAGAACCAGUGACUGUGGAUAAUGGUGAUCAGGAUGAUUAUGUAAAGAUAAAUUCAGAACUGCAUGAUGAAAAAAGUUCUCAGUCAAGUAGUCUCAUUGAACUUCUUAAGAAGAAGAAACUAGAUGAAGACCUUGAUGAUGGGGUUCCUCUUACAAAGAAUACAGCACAAACUGCACGAAAGAGAGUUAUUCAGAAGUACGCUCUUCCUUUAUCAGAAGACAACAAUGUACUGGUAUAUCAGCCACAGAAACUAAUAGAUUCUACUUUACAAACAGGUAUGCCUGUGAAGCUCAGAAAAUGUGCAUAUUGCAAAGCCACUUUUACCAGUGCAGUUAGUUUAUCAAACCAUCUUCGCGCCUAUGAGCGAAGAAAGCAGGCUGGACUCUUAACCGGAACAGCUGCAGACUGUAAACAGGUGAAACCCAGAUCAAGACCUGGUAGCAAAAAGAAAGUGUCACCAUUACCUCACAGCGUUGAAGAUGUUUACAUACUGAAAUGCAGGUUCUGUGGUUUAGUGUUUCGAGGACCACUGUCUGUUCAAGAAGACUGGAUAAAGCAUCUACAGCGUCAUGUAGUGAAUGCAGCUCUUCCAAGAACAGGAGCUGGCAUGGUAGAAGUCGAAGCACUACCUGCAAAAUUAACUGAAACACCAUUUCCCUUAUUGACAACAGACAUAAUAUCUCAAGACAUUCAGAAUUCUUGAGAAGAAAUGUUCAACCCAAUUUUUAAGUCUCAGUUUAAUAAUUAAUGAAUGGUUAAAUUGCUCAUAAAUGACAAAGCAAAAAACAAAACUGCACCAUUAGUACACAUAGUUAUAAGCUCCAAACCUUAUUUCCAUUUCACUGUUCUUAUGAUUCAGAACAUAGGGAAUUUUCUUUAAUGUUUUUUUUUUUUUUUUAAUUUUACUUAGCAUGUUACAUGCUAGAGGGAAAGCUAAUUUCAGUUGAUGAAAGGUUUUCAUCUAGUAGAACUGAAGAGCAUAUUGGUUUCCUGCUCAUUUUUAACUUAAGUCACAAUGAAACAGCAUUUUGUCUUCCUUUUUAUAUGUGAGUAAAGGCUAUUUAUCAUGACCUGAACAGGAUAGAUUUAAGUUACUGUCAAAGAAACAGUAUGCUGGAGUUUUAAACCUGCUACUUAACAAAAAUGAAUUAAGACCAUUUAUGUGGGGCAUUAAGUAGAGUACUGUGUACUUCACUUGUUAAGACUGUUUCAUAAUGAAGUUCAUUAGUACCAUUUUAGCUGUGUUUUUUAAAAUAUUAAAAGUGUCUUUUGUAAUAAAAUUGCUAACAUUAAAAUAUUACUACCUUUUUGUACAUAAAUUGUGCUGGGGAUAAUGUGUAGUUAAGUAAAAUAAUGAGUAUUGCUUUUGCUGAAUGGUAGUGAGUUACUGGCUGACACAGAAUGUGCUUCUGUUGUAGGGUUUUACAUAAUAAGCAAGGUUAAAAUUAUAUUUAUAAACCAGGUUUAAUUUCAGAUUAAUGGAAAAGACUAGGAGUCUCCCUUAGCUUUUUUAACUUGAUUUUAUUUUCAUCUUCUGUCUUAACAGCAAAUCAUCCCAUUAAAGUCAGCAUAUCUGUAUGUUUGUUGUCUUUUGUCUGACUUUUGUUUGGAAAUGAAUAAAUUGGUAAUAAAUGCUUGAAAACAUGCAAGUACCCUGUCUGUACACUCGUGUAUGUGCACGUAUACACACAUGCAGUGGUAUAUGUAAAAAUGGGUACUGAGCAUUUUUAUCUGGGUUGAUGACCUUUACUCAUAGGAAAAACAGGAAAAGCUUUGGGGAAUUUUUAUUUUUUUAUCAUGGAUAACACUCUGUAAUCAUGUUUAUUGACGGUCUGUUUUUCUUACAAUUUGUUGGAACUUAAUAAAAAUAAUAGUCCUGACAAUACUAAGUAAGUGAUGAAGGGUGCCAUUAAGAGUUUGUUUUGGUGUGCUAUGUAAGUUGUGCAACACUAUGUUUAUUGCCACAAACCUUCCUAUAGGUUUUCUUUGAAAAUACAUAAGGUUAAACUGUAACAUUUAUUUUUAUUUAUGUGUUAAAUCUUGCUUUUCAUUUAAACUUUAUUUUAGAAUACUGUACUACUUUUUGUAUUUUUUAUUUCUGAAACUGUAUCCUGUUACAUUGUAGGUAAUGUACAUAUAAAAUACUUAAAAGUUUACACCAAACCAUGGAUGAAAUGGAAGAUGCUGUACUUGUUAUGAAUUAAACUAAGUUAAAGACAUGGUUUUCACAAAGAACUUGCAGUAAUUGGCUUUUAUAGUUAAAAUUUGCAUUGGAUAUUAAUGAUGCAGCUCUUUGAUGUGUGACAUGAGUCACUUGCAGCCCUCACUGGUGCUAUAAAUUACUUCUCUUUUUGAAAGCUUUUUGUUCUGUAAGUUAUUUAAGCUAUAUACAUAUUAUAAAUAUAUAUGUAUACUCUGUAUAUAAUGGUGGAUCAGAUAGCUAAAUAAAGUUAAUUGAAAACAUUGUAA